CCUCAUUUCCAUACUACCAUGAAUAGUUUUGCCAAUCGUUUCUCAACCACAGAUCAUCUUCGAGAACUCAAAAGAGCUCAAGCUAACAUUGAAGACGAUGAAUUCUCUGACGCAGCAUGGGGUUCUGAAGCAGGCUUUGGUAGCCUGGCAAAGGGAGUGCCGACUUUCUCGGUCCCUGCCGUUCCAGACCCGUCCGCUUUCCUAAGAUUACACACCGACGACCACGCCGAUCCCAAAUGCAGAAUCAAAAUUCAGCACGGAACUACCACUCUCGCGUUCCGAUACAAAGGAGGCGUCAUCGUUGCAGUCGACUCGAGGGCAACAGCAGGGAGCUAUGUAGCUUCUGGCACCGUUAAGAAGGUCAUUGAAAUCAACCCAUACUUGUUGGGAACUAUGGCUGGUGGUGCUGCCGACUGCCAAUACUGGGAAACUUACCUCGGUAUCCACUGCCGACUACACGAGCUACGCAAUCGCGAACGCAUCUCUGUUUCGGCGGCAAGCAAAUACUUGAGCAACUUGGUCUACAGUUACAAGGGAAUGGGACUCAGCAUGGGAACGAUGAUAUGUGGUUGGGAUAAGACGGGCCCUGCGAUCUUUUAUGUCGACUCAGAUGGAACUCGUCUCAAAGGAGAUCUAUUCUCCGUUGGCUCUGGUAGCACGUUUGCGUAUGGUGUCCUCGAUCAGGGAUACCGAUGGGAUCUCCCUGACGAGGAGGCACAAGAACUUGGUCGACGCAGCAUUUACGCCGCCGGUCAUCGAGAUGCUUUCUCUGGUAACACUUGCAACCUUUAUCAUGUCAAGGAAGAUGGAUGGCACUUCAUUGGCAACUAUGAUAUUUCCAAACUGCACUACGAUGGCCCUGACAACGUUGACGGCGCUGGUUAUGGAUAUGAUGUACGUGUAGGUACGCGGUCGUAGUAGAAGGAUUGUAAAAUUGCCUCGAGUUGUGCGAAUUAUGACUUUCGUUGUCCA